AUGCCUCUCUCAUACAACGUCACUCUGAAGCCCGACGCUCCCGCGGAGAAGCUCGAAAGCGCUAAGCAGGACGCCGUCAACAAAGGUGGCUCCAUCAAACAUGAAUACAGCUUGAUCAAGGGCUUCGUUGUCGAGUUCCCCGAUGACCAUGUCGACACCCUCGAGUCUAACGAUCACGUCCACGUGGAGAAGGACGGUGAGGUCAAGACUCAGUGA